GAAUCCAGUACCUGCUCCCUGACUGAGAAUUCCAGCAAAGGGGAAGCCCUCCUGGAGGGACAAAAACCAGAAGAAGGAAGAAACAGAACGGAGAGAAGGAAAAAGUCAAAACAAAAGGGAAGGAGGCAAGAGGCAAAGAGGUGAAAUAAAAUCAGGUUCAGAAAAAAACAAAUCAAAGGAAACAGAGGGACAGGUCACCCAGUCCCCUCAUCAUGGUGUGUCUGGCAGAUCUGCGCCUUGGAAAAGAGCAAUGUAAGAACAAGAAAGAAGGGAGAGUAGCCGAGAGACAGGAGAGGCUACAAGAACUGGAAGAAAGAUCUGGAAAACCAAACAAAACAGCGCCCGCGCUGCCGCCGCCACCACCACCUCCACCUCCUCCCACCGCCUCCACCGGCUCUCGUCCGGCACUGCCGCCGCGCCGCCCCUCGGCCGGGUUGACGGCCGACGCAGCCUUCUAUUGGUCCAGCCCGCCGUCACUCACCCGUUGCUAUGAAACCCGCGCCGCUCUUAUUGGCUGACUGGCAGUGUUCUCUUCUUCCCCCCCCCCAUCCCCGCCUCUCCUGGCCCUAGUCGGUGCCCCGACAAAACCCCGCCACGCCCUCGCUGUCAAUAAACCCGA